GUGGAAACCACCGCAAAUCUCUUACCGAAAAUCUCAAUGAAAGUCUUAAACGAUUAGGCACUGGAUAUAUUGAUCUUAUGUAUGUUCAUAUUUGGGAUUUUCGAACUCCAAUUGAAGAAGUAAUGCGUUCUUUAGAUGAUGUAAUUAGAAGUGGCAAGGUACUCUAUGUCGCUAUUAGUGAUUCACCAUCAUGGGUGAUUAGUAGUGCAAAUAUGUUGGCCGAUUUACGUGGUUGGAGGGAAUCAGUUGCUGAAAAAGUUAGUGAGAUGACCAGCAGUUUCAGAAGCGCUGCAAUUACUAAAGCAGCAAAUGAAGAACAAAAUUGGAAAAUCCUCGAUGAAGUUAUAGCUAUUGCUGCUGAAACCAAAAGAAGUCCUGUCCAGGUCACUUUGAAUUGGAUGUCACAAAAACCUGGUAUUACUUCGCCUCUUAUCGGUGCUAGAACAAAAGCUCAAUUAAUUGAAAAUCUUAGCGCUCUUGAAUUCAA